GGCCUGGGCUUAGGGCAGGCCCACUAUGGCACCGGACCCAAAAUAACUUCCAUGUGAGCAAGAAAGAAAGAGAUUAGGACCCAGACUGGGAUGACAGGGAGAGGAAGGCUGGGGCUGUCAAUUGAUAGGAGUGGCCAGGACCCAGGGGAGGGUAUAAAGGCCCCCAGCAGGCUCGAGCUGCUUCCAAACCCAACUCGAAACUUGGGGACAACUGACACUCUUGCUCAUCUUCUUUGGGCAGCGCCAUGGGGCUCAGUGAUGGAGAGUGGCAACUGGUGCUGAACGUCUGGGGAAAGGUGGAAGCAGAUGUCGCCGGCCACGGGCAGGAGGUGCUGAUCAGACUCUUUAAGGGCCACCCUGAGACCCUGGAGAAGUUUGACAAAUUUAAGCACCUGAAGUCUGAGGAUGAGAUGAAGGCGUCCGAAGACCUUAAGAAGCACGGCGCAACAGUGCUCACUGCCCUGGGGAACAUCCUGAAGAAGAAGGGCCACCAUGAAGCAGAGCUGAAGCCCCUGGCCCAGUCCCAUGCCACCAAGCACAAAAUCUCCAUCCAGUUCCUGGAGUUCAUCUCCGAUGCCAUUAUCCAUGUGAUCCAAAGCAAACACUCCGGGGACUUCGGCGGGGAUGCCCAGGCUGCCAUGAAGAAGGCCCUGGAACUUUUCCGCAGUGACAUGGCGGCCAAGUACAAGGAGUUUGGAUUCCAGGGCUAGAGCAGGCUGAGGAUUGAGCUAGGUGGUGGUCAGACUCCCCCACUGGCUGUCAUCCCUCCUGCCCGACCCCCUGAGUCAAGUAGUUAGCUUUUAUUCAAGUAGCACCUUAGUUGUGGGUUUGGGGAUACCCUAUCUGACUGAGACAUGGUGAGGGAAGAAGAGAGGGAGGCGGUCAGGGGAUAUUUCUUAUCUGUUACUUAUUAGCCAGAGGAAUUCUGCCAAAGGUCCAUAAUUUUCACUUUCUCCUUGGCCUUCCGAAGGUGGAGACUUAGCUCUUGGGAGUGGGUAGCUGGCCAUCCUUCCUGGAGGUGCUUUUAUGGCUAUACCUCUUGACUUCCUUUCUGGGAGGCAGUGACAGUUUGCUCUUUACCGGGCAGGGCUGGAGAGAGAAUUGGGGGAAGGCAUAGUCAUGUGGCUCAGCCCUCCUUCUUCCCACCAUCUGGGUCCCUAAUGGCUUCCAUUCUGCCUUUGAUUAGGCCUUCAACUGUGGACUCUCUCUUUCCUUUCCUCUUUUUCUUUCUCUUCCCCAAGGCUGUCACAACCAGUGCCCCUAGCAUUCCUUGGGGAUGGCAGCUGUGACAGAUGGCUCCUGAAAAAGUUGGAGACACUUGAGACACCAGGGGGUGGGGGUGGGAGGAGGAGAGAGAGAGAGAGAGAAAGAGAGAGGGAAAGAGAGAGAGAGAGGGAGAGAGAGAUUGAUAGAUAGAUAGAGAGAGAGAGAGAGAGAGAGAGAGAGAGAGAGAGAGAGAGAGAGAGAAGGAGGGAUGGAGAGGAAGAGGGAAAGAGGGAAAGAGAAUGUUCUCAGUUAAUGGGUGUGACUCUCCUGGUCUUAAUAAAGGACAUGAAACCAA